CAGGCGCCGGGCGGCGAGCGAAGGUCACAGUCACCUUCCCUGCAGCUCCCUGGCCCUGCUGCACAGGUGGCAGCGCACCUUGUAGACUGACUAGGUGUGGGGCACGUCCCACGGGCUUUCCUCGGCCUGGGGCGCUCUCGCUGUCCCUGCCCUGCCCUCCCUCCCUGCCCUGCAGGAGAGCCGCCUGCUGCCCCCUCCCCGGCCUGACUCCACGCUCUGCGCUGGGCUGUGGGAAUUGGGCCCCACACCUGUCCCCUCUGUGGUCGGGGUGUUACCCGUGGUCCCAGAACCACCGGCCGUGGCCCCUGGAGGACACGGGUCCCAGGAGACACGGCCUUGGCAUGGGGGGCAGGAGUCUGCUGCUUCAUGCCCCACCCCCACCAGGCAGGUCACGGGGUGGGGGGGUGCACGUGUGUCCCAUGCGUGACAGCUGGCCAGGGGUGCAGUGCGCAUGGGGUCCCAGCUGGGCGGUCCCUGAUCCUUGCUCUCGUCGCCAGUGGGGGGCUGAGCAACCUGCUGUACAAAUGCACCCUCCCAGACCACAUCCUGAGCAUGGGGGACGAGCCCCGGCAGGUGCUGCUGCGCGUCUACGGGGCCAUCCUCCAGGGUGUGGACUCGCUGGUACUGGAGAGUGUGAUGUUUGCCAUCCUGGCGGAGCGGGCACUGGGACCACGGCUCUAUGGGGUCUUCCCCCAGGGGCGCCUGGAGCAGUACAUUCCGAGCCGACGCCUCCGGACCGAGGACCUGCGGGAUCCUUACAUCUCCGGGGAGAUUGCAGUGAAGAUGUCCCGGUUCCAUGGCAUGGUGAUGCCUUUUAACAAGGAGCCCAAGUGGCUGUUUGGGACCAUGGAGGGGUACCUGAAUCAGAUUGCUGAGCUCACUUUUGCUGAGGAGGUUCAGCUGAAGAAGUUAAAUCACCUCAAGGCCUACAACCUACAGGAGGAAAUGCGCAGCCUCAGGGAGCUGCUGGAGUCCACACCGUCACCGGUUGUCUUUUGCCACAACGAUGUCCAGGAAGGAAACAUUCUCCUGCUCUCGGGACGCGAAGCUUCCUCCACAGACAAGCUGAUGCUGAUUGACUUUGAAUACAGCAGCUACAACUACAGGGGCUUCGACAUCGGCAAUCACUUCUGUGAGUGGGUAUAUGACUACACCCAUGAUGCAUGGCCGUUCUAUAAGGCCUCCAUGGAGAACUACCCUUCGCGCCAGCAGCAGCUACACUUCAUCCGACACUACCUCUCGGAAGACUCAGGGCAGCAUGGGGACACCACGCAUGAGGAGCAAGCUUGCAUCGAGGAGGAGAUGCUGACUGAGGUCAACCGGUUUGCUCUGGCCUCACAUUUCUUCUGGGGCCUCUGGUCCAUCCUGCAGGCAAAGAUCUCCACCAUCGAGUUCGGGUACCUGGACUAUGCUCAGAGCCGCUUCGAGGCAUACUUCCAGCAGAAGGCGCUGUGCUCCUGACCGUGGCUCAUGGCCCCAGCUGGCUCCAGCCAUUCCCUUCCAACUCUGCCUCCUGCUGCAGCGCCUGGGCCUUGCGCCACGGCAGUGACUUGUGGGGGCCUGGCAUGGACAGCGGAGCUACCCUCCGCAUCCAGGGGCCCUGUCCCUGUCCCUGCCUCCACACAGUGCCACAGCAGGGGCCACAAGGACCACAAGGGCAUGGUGCCCACAGACCAACCUCCCUUGUUCUGCUCCCUCUGCCCCAGCAAGCUGCUCAUCUGGCAUGUCAGCUGUAGUCUGUGGGGGUGGCUGGCUCACUCCUUGGCUGUGGCUGGGGCUGCCCCCUGAGGGGUCUGGUAGGAAAAUGGUUAAUGUAAUGGUGAGUGGGGCAGAGGCAGGGGCUCCCUGAGCACAUUUGGGGACUGCGGACUCCAGCCCACUCCAUCUCCUCAGUAUCAUUUGGUUAUGUUGUCAUGUCAUAUGGUUAUGGGGGCCUGCAAGUGGGGGACAGGCCUAGUCUUGGGGCUGCCCUGGGCACCUUGUCCAGGGACGGAGACAUCAUGGUCAUAUUACUGUCUGAGAGGCCUGCUCCGUCCCUACCAGGAUUCUGCUGCUGGCCCAGGCUGCACUGCCCAAGCUGGGGGUCUUCUCCCUAUUCCCUACUGCUCUGAGCCCUACAUGCACUAUACUUCCUGCCUCUUCCCAAGCCCAGGCUUCAUGGCACCAUCCUAGCCCUGCCUUCCCUUGGGCUGUCAGCACGUUGUCCCCACUGCCUCAGUCUGUCUGCCUCCCCUGUGGAACGCCCCUGUCCUCCUGCACCGAGGGGCUUCCUGCUGCAGGCACUGGCACUGGCAUUGCCUUGGGCCCCCAGUGUGCUUCAGCCAUGCUCCAGCAUCCUCCCAGGCAGGGCACUCCCUGCUCACCUGGGCCCUAGGCUGUGGGCAACAGGGGCAUGUGUAGACAGCUCCGGCAAAGGCAGGCCCAGACUGACUGCUGCCCAAGGGUGACCCGCCUGGCCCUAUGCCUCCUGCUGGCUCGGCUUGAGAGCAGUUACUGCAGGUGGGGCUGGGGCAGCAUGCAGUGGUGCAGGGUGGGGGCUCCCAGGUUGUGCUGCCAGCAGGGGCUGUGGGGCAGGGUGGCUGCAGCCUGCAGCCAUGCCCUAAAGAUAGGUCCCAGAGCUAUCUGGGCUUCUGUAAGCUUUGUCUACCAACAUAUGCCUGCAGGGCCCAUGUGCUCAGUCCACAGAGCUCCGUGCAGCACCCCUGCCCCAUCCCCAUGGGCCAGAGACUGAAUGUAACCCAUAAUAAGACCAAUAAACGCUCCAGCAGCUUUGUGUGAACUGCACGCCUUGUUUGUCCAUCUUGGCCACUGCACGGACUACUGCCAGCCUGGGAAGGAGCCUCUUUGCCCUAGGUGUGUGCCCUUUGCAGUGUUUGAGCCGGGCAGCAGGCAAUCAGGCUGGGGGAGGCUCCAGGAGGCUGCAGCCUGCUGGGCCUGGCCUUUGGAAGAUAAGCCAACAUGUUCUCAAACACAAUAGCAUCACAGGCUGCUGGCUAUCCUGAGCCAGGGGAGGAGGUCACCAGCCGCUGCAAGGCUUUGGGCCAGACCUACAGCAUUCAUGGUCUAGCAAGAAAGGCAGCAGGGAGGGAGAUGGCCCAGCCUGACAUGCUCAGGACGGGCCCCAAGGGAACUGUGGAGGGGCCUGGCCUGGCCAGGGAAGUGGAAGGAGACUAGCAAGUAUGGCAGAAGACCAGCUUGGCUUAGCAGGGAACUCCUUUUUGUGAUUUAGUU